AUGCUUAAGUUCCUAACAAGCAGCACAGAGUCCAGUCAGUCAGCCAGUGGAGGGACAGACCCAGAUAAGACAGGCACAGAUGAGCCACCUUCAACCAGCAGCAGCACAGGAGAAGGUGUUAAUGACUGGUCAAAUAUCAACGCCAUUCUGAAGCAGCAUGAGGGUAGUCAUGAACACACAAGCAAUAUGCUUAAGUGGAGAGAACUUGAUCUGCGCUUAAGUCGUGGAAAAACACUACACCACAUAGAAAUGACAGCUUUGGAGGCUGAAAGAAAGAGAUGGCUAGAUGUCCUUACACGCCUCAUAAGUAUCACACAGUCUCUAGCUAAAAGAAACCUAGCAUUCAGAGGUUCAUCAGAUAAGCUAUUCCAACCAGAUAAUGGAAACUUUCUAAAAGAGGUUGAAUUAUUAGCUAAAUUUGACCCUGUUUUGGAAAAUCAUGUCAGCAGAAUUAAAGACGGAGAGACACAUGCUCAUGACCUUAGUAAGGACAUACAGAAUGAGCUGAUACAGCUUGUGAGUGACAGGAUUCUCACAACUAUUGUGACUCAAGUGAGAGACUCAAAAUGCUUCUCCAUUAUCUUAGACUGUACACCUGACAUUAGUCACCAGGAGCAGAUGUCCAUUAUCCUCAGAAGUGUGGCUUUAAAGGGACAGCCAGCGAUAAAGAAGCACUUCUUCGGCUUUGUGAAUGUUGAGGCUACAACUGGCUUAAGUCUGUCUACAGUCAUCUUGGACAAGCUGACUGAUCUGAAAAUUCCAUUUGACAGUUGCAGAGGGCAAGCCUAUGACAUGGCCAAUAUGAAAGGUGGAAUAUCUUGA